AUGCUGGGGUCUGGUGGAAGGAGGUUGCUCACGACUGUGCUGCAGGUGCAGAGGCGGCCCUUUCAGCCCUCCAGAGAUAUGAGAUUGGUGCAGUUCCAGGCACCCCACCUAACGGGACCCCAUCUGGGCCUGGAGUCAGGGAAUGGCGGGGGUGUCAUCAACCUCAACGCCUUUGAGCCCACACUGCCCAGGACAAUGGUGGAGUUCCUGGAGCAGGGAGAAGCCGCUCUGUCAGUGGUGAGAAGAGCACUGGCCAUCCACUUGCCAGUCCUCCCACGGGCAGAGGUGACGCUCCUGGCCCCAGUCACUCGGCCAGACAAGGUGUUGUGCGUGGGCAUGAACUAUGCGGACCACUGCAGAGAACAGAACGUGCCUGUGCCCAAGGAGCCCAUCAUCUUCAGCAAGUUCGCUAGUGCCAUCGUGGGGCCCUACGAUGACAUCAUCCUUCCGCCCGAGAGCCAGGAGGUGGACUGGGAGGUGGAGCUGGCCGUGGUCAUUGGGAAGAGAGGCAAGCGCAUCAAGGCUGCAGAUGCCAUGGCCCAUGUGGCUGGCUUCACUGUGGCACACGACGUGAGUGCCCGUGACUGGCAGGUGAGACGCAAUGGAAAGCAGUGGCUGCUGGGGAAAACCUUUGACACCUUUUGCCCUCUGGGCCCUGCCCUGGUGACCAAGGACAGUGUGGCAGAUCCACACAACCUAAAGAUCUGCUGCCGAGUGAAUGGGGAAGUGAUGCAGAGUAGCAACACCAACCAGAUGGUGUUUAAGACAGAAGAGCUGAUAGCCUGGGUCUCUCAGUUCGUUACUCUUUAUCCAGGGGACAUCAUCCUGACCGGGACGCCCCCAGGUGUGGGUAUGUUCAGGAAGCCUCCUGUCUUCCUCAAGAAGGGCGAUGAAGUCCAGUGUGAGAUUGAAGACCUGGGUGUCAUCAUCAGCAAGGUGGUGUGA